AUGUUAACACUGGAUGGCUUGGAGGUGAUCGCUGUGCUGGUGGUCAUGGGUCUCUUCAUCAAAGUUUUGGAGCAGUUCGGGAUGUUUGAGCCUGUCGGUGGAGAAGACAGUGUAGAAGAUGACUUUGAGCUCUCCACCGUGUGCCAUCGACCGGAAAGCAUGGACAAGCUGCAGGAGCAGACAAAGUUCUCCAAGAAGGAACUUCAGGUUCUCUACAGGGGCUUCAAGAAUGAAUGUCCAAGCGGUGUAGUGAAUGAGGAGAACUUUAAGAACAUCUACUCCCAGUUUUUUCCUCAGGGAGAUUCAAGUACGUAUGCACACUUCCUCUUUGAAGCCUUCGACACUGACAAGAACGGCUCCGUUAGUUUUGAGGACUUUGUGUAUGGCCUGUCCAUCAUCUUGAGAGGGACCAUUAACGACCGCUUAAACUGGGCAUUUAACCUGUACGACCUGAACAAGGAUGGCUGCAUCACCAAGGAUGAGAUGCUGGACAUCAUGAGGUCCAUCUACGACAUGAUGGGGAAGUACACGUAUCCCACUAUGCAGGACGAUGCUCCCAGAGACCAUGUAGAGAGCUUUUUCCAGAAAAUGGAUAGAAAUAAAGAUGGAGUGGUUACUAUAGAGGAAUUCAUCGAGUCAUGUAAAAAGGAUGAGAAUAUCAUGCAGUCCAUGCAGCUCUUUGACAAUGUCAUCUAA